GGACACAUCCUCCUGAUAGUGACAGUGACAGGUGAUAAAAUGUCAGUGUCCGCCAGCCUGCCAUCCACAUGACAGCGACAGUGCCUUCAGGAGUGGAGGAAAAUAGUAUGCCUGACAGUGACAGUGAAACACAGUGACGUGGGAUGUGCGCGUGCCUGACAUGACAGUGCUGAUUAGUGACGGGGGAGGUGCGCAGCUGACAGUGACAGUGUUAUGACUCCCUCGCGCACAAUGCCGUCCCCGGAAGCAGCUUUAAAAUGAGCGUCACAUGCCAGUGCACGCUCUUAGCUCACGAACUCAGCUCCGACUGUGAAUAUACUUAUGUGUAAAAUAUGCAUGUGUGGAGGGGAGACUCUGUGCCCCAAUAAGACUGAACUGGACACCUGCCUCACCAAACUUAUGCCUCACAUGCCACGCUCCGGCCUGCCUGACAACCCCCGCCAGCUGACCACCAUGUGUAGAGCGUUCAAAGGCGGCAUGAUGUGUGUGGAUCGUUAUACAGCAAAGUGUAUGAGACCAGUGGAACGAGCAAGUCUUGACCUCCACCUACAGGGCGCCCGCUCCACCCUCGCCUUCCUCUGCGAUGACCCAAUAUUCAGAAGAGAGUACCUGUCCCACGCUAAGUGCAUCAGAGAGGUCCGGACAGACUGGGACCGCUGCCACCUUCAGUUCAAACACCUGGUGGGGAAGGAACACUCUAAAUCCAACCUGACACAGACUCAAAGGGAUCAUAACAUUUGCUGCAUCCGCGCGAGGCUUCUCAAGUGUGUUUACGGCACUGGAUUCCUCAAGUGUGGGCGACUCGAGGCCAUAUUCCUGCAGAAGAUGACGGCGACACUCUCCUACAGUGACGUCCACCAGGAGAAGUGCAGACAUGUCACCCUACACGCCUGCUCCAGCGCCCACCACGACGCCCACCCCGCCACUACUCUCAUCACUGUCCUCUCCCUCAUCCUCCUCUCUUGCUUCAAUCUCAUGACGUAGAAUCGCAAUAUUAAGGAAAGAAUAAGAGUCCUCGAGGAUAAUGCGUGGUGAGCCUCCCUCGAGCACUGCUGCUGUGGAGGGAUGUUAAAGUAGAUAGGGACUGAGUGAAUGGUGACAAGAAAUGAAUGGACUGACUGCGCACAAAUCAUUUCUAUUGACUUGCUUUAGAUGGUACUGUUAGAAGGUGAGGUCUCCAACAUGGUACACGCAAGCCUCAGUGAUCAAGACGAAAAACGGUCUUUUUUUUUUUCUUUAUCUCAGGAUGAACACUUUCCCAUGUUGUCAAAAUAGUUCAUCAGUUUUCA